AGGAGGGAUGUUGAUCACCAAGACAAGAGUGCUGUUGGCUUCUCUAACUGCCAUUAUGGCAGUUGUUUUCAGUGCUUCCAGCGCCAUAGCUGCUGAAGAGGUUCACGCAGUUAUUAUAGUAGGAGCCGGCAUGUCAGGGAUAUCUGCAGCGAACAAGUUAUCGAAGGCUGGAAUAGAAAAUAUAUUAAUACUAGAAGCCACAAAUAGGAUUGGUGGGCGGAUCCAAAAGACGAACUUUGCAGGUUUGUCUGUGGAAAUUGGAGCCAGCUGGGUUGAAGGCGUUGGGGGUCCUCGAUUGAAUCCCAUUUGGGACAUGGUGAACAGGCUGAAACUCACGACCUUUUACUCUAACUAUGAUAACAUAUCUUCUAACGCCUACAAACAAAAGGGUGGACUUUAUGAGAAAUCUGAGGCCCAAAAUGCAUUUUACGCUGCUCAAGAGCUCUCUGAGUUUAUCAAAAACGUUUCAAAGUAUUUAAAAGCUCAUAGACAAGAUGAUAUCUCCAUCUUAGCAUCCCAACGCCUUCAAAAUCAGGUCCCUUCUACCCCUCUCGACAUGGCCAUCGAUUACAUUGCCUACGAUUUCGAGUUCUCAGAGCCACCACGGGUGACGAGCUUAAAGAAUUCGAUACCAUUGCAAACAUUCUCCAAAUUCGGAGAGGAUUCCUACUUUGUGGCAGAUCCCAAGGGUUAUGAGAGUGUUGUGUAUUUUGUCGCCAAACAGUUCCUCACCACCAAUGAAUCUGGAGAAAUAACUGAUCCUCGCCUCCAAUUCAAUAAGGUGGUGAAUGAGAUAAGCUAUUCGAAGAAUGGAGUGACUGUUAAAACAGAGGAUGGCUCCGUUUACAGAGCUGAAUAUGUUAUGGUCUCAGCCAGCAUCGGUGUCCUUCAAAGUGGUCUCAUCAACUUCAAGCCUGAUUUACCGCCAUGGAAGAUCCUUGCUAUGUACCAGUUUGAUAUGGCUGUUUACACCAAGAUAUUUCUCAAGUUUCCUGAUAAAUUCUGGCCCACUGGCAAUGGAACAGAGUUCUUCUUCUAUGCCCAUGAAAAGCGUGGUUACUACACAAUCUGGCAGCAACUGGAGGAGGAGUACCCUGGAGCCAAUGUUCUUCUAGUGACAGUUACUGAUGAUGAAUCAAGGAGGAUAGAGCAGCAACCUGAUUCUGAUACCAAGGCUGAAAUCAUGGGCGUCCUAAGAGCUAUGUUUGGGAAGGACAUUUCAGAAGCUACAGACAUAUUAGUCCCCAGAUGGUGGUCUGACAAAUUCUACAGAGGCUCUUUCUCCAACUGGCCUAUUGGAGUUUCCCGAUUGGAAUACGAUCGGAUAAGGGCACCUGUUGGGAGGGUCUACUUCACAGGCGAGCAUACCAGCGAGUACUUCAACGGUUAUGUUCAUGGGGCAUAUCUUGCAGGCAUAGACUCAGCGAAAAUGUUGAUACGUUGCGUCAAGCACGGUGAUUGCUGUUACUCCAUCCCACCAGAAGGGAGUUGAAUCCUGAAUCCUAUCAUUCCCCCCACUCCUGCAAACCGUAACCUGUUUGGACACCUUCACGCACAUGCUUCCAGCUUCCAUCAAUUUACCAUGUAGGGAAUUGAUAUGCAUAUGCUUACAUUUUAUGUAUGUAUAUAAGCCAUCAUGAUAUUCUCAA